ACCUUUAAGUAGAAAGAAGGAAACAGAAGUCACUGUUUGAUUCGAAUUUGGUUAGAAAUUGACGUUCCCGUUACUUAUUCCAAGAAUAAAAUAGUAAACAAUUAUGUAUUAAUAAGUACUUGAUACGCAUAGGACACUACUAUAUAUCAUGGUUGCUCAUGUUAUGUGUUUAACAUCUUCCGGUGGAAUGCCAUUGUUUUCUCGACGAAAAGGAGAAGGAGAUGCGAUGACAUUUUCUAAAAUAGCAUCCUUAAAUGGUAUUCACAUGUUUCUUAAAUCGCAAAAUAUAAAGCUUUUAUAUACAGAUUCAUCAGAUACGACCAUCAUGUGGAAAGAAUUUGAAGAAAGCGUUACUCUAAUAGUAAUCGCGAGUGGAACUACGAAGUAUAUUUUGAAUCAAUUUUUGGAUGCUGUUUUCGGCGCGAUGAUUUUGUUCAUUGGCAUUGACGAACUAAAAAAUGUUAAAAAUAUUGAAAAGCUUAAGAAAGACAUGCGUUCGUGUAGUCCGAUUGUCGAUAAUUUAUUGCAGUGUCUUGACGCAGGAGAUGGAAUGUCAUUAAAAACAGACAUCAUUAACAUGACGGAAUGCAUUAUGUGUCUUGAAAAUAAUUUACUUCAGACUUGUUUAGAAGGCUACAUGGAAUGUUUAGAUUCCAUAUAUGGUUGUGUUUUAAUACAUGGCUGCUUAGCUGUUGCCACAGAAGGAUGGUGGAGUUUAAAUCCCAUUGAAAGGAAGUUAUUAGUAACAAUUGUCACUGUUGAAGGUGUUUGUACAACACGCGAUAUACCAGUUUUUUUACCUUAUAAAAGUCCAAAUGUGGCUUUCAGACUAGUGUCAAUUACUUUGAUUAACCAUGUUGAGGUAUUAGCAUUAUGUGGACCAAAUCCAGAAUUAUUGGAGAUAGAAAGAUUAGCUGUACAAUGCUGGAAAAAUAGUAUCGAUACUUUGCAUAGCGCAGAACAAUGUUUUCCAAGAAAUUUACCUGUGUCAAUGAAUUUGGAUUCAGAAGCCCUUGGAUUUCUUCUAGUGAACUACAAGGUGCAAAAAUUUGUGCUCUGCAAAAAUGAUCAGUAUGCUAAGAAUAGAAUCAGCGGAUCUCACAGAUUAGAUAUAUUAAGAACUUUUUAUCAUCAAGCUGUUGAAACUUUUAUAUUGUCUCCAGUAUCCGAAGAUAAAACAAACAGAGAAGACUGUUGGGAAUUUGUUGGUGCAAGAGAAAUAUAUUUGUGUUCAGAAUAUCAUAAAUGUCAUGCAGUUAAGCAUAGAGACCAUAUACUUUGUAUAUUAUAUGCAUCUGUAGUUCCUACGCACACUAUGAGAUUGAGUUGUCAGAAGAUAUUAAAGAUACUGCUUACAGAUAAGCAAAGCUGUUGGUAA